AUGGGUUGUGCGGCUUCGUCGGCUGGCUCGAAGGUGCAACUAAUGACAACAGCAGGCAGCUCGUCACCCGAUUUAGCCAGUCGAGCGACGAGAAGCGGCACGACCAUGUUCCGACAACACCAACUCGGUUCGUCGAGAGCCCCCGGAUCAGCGAGGGCAAUUGGCACCGAAGAGAUUCAGCCGAAAUCGAAAAUGUCAGGCGGUGACGCGGUCAAGUACGAGACCGUCGAACGGGGGUCUUUAUAUGGACUUGAUUAUCGAGUUUUCAUAAAGGGCCCCGAUGGAAUUCUGUCUCCUUGGCAUGAUAUUCCGCUUUACGCUGACGAAAGUAAGAAAAUCUUCAAUAUGAUUGUUGAGAUUCCGCGUUGGACGAAUGCUAAGAUGGAGAUGUCUACCAAGGAGGCGAUGACUCCAAUCAAGCAAGAUGUUAAGAAGGGUCUUCCACGAUUUGUACAUAAUAUUUUCCCGCACAAGGGCUACAUUUGGAAUUAUGGAGCUAUUCCACAGACCUGGGAAGAUCCCGGACAUGAAGUGCCCGAAACCAAGGCCGUUGGUGACAACGACCCGAUUGACAUAGUGGAUAUUGGAUCCAAGGUGCAGAAACGAGGAGCUGUCAUUCAGGUCAAAGUCCUUGGUGUGGUCGCUCUUAUUGAUGAGGGAGAAACCGACUGGAAGUUGAUCUCCAUUGAUGUCACCGAUCCUCUAGCCGAUCAGAUGAAUAACAUUGGAGAUGUCGAGAAACAUUUCCCUGGAUUACUUAAGGCUACCGUCGAAUGGUUCCGCAUCUACAAAAUCCCGACUGGAAAACCUGAAAAUAAGUUCGGUUUCAACGGCGAGUAUAAAGAUCGUGACUAUGCCCAUAAGGUCAUCUUGGAGACACAUGAGUACUGGAAAAAGCUCAUCAAGGAAGCAUCGCCUAAGCUCAACACGGAAUGCUUCGUGGAAGGCGCUGCCCAUCAGGCUACUCAUCAAUCUGCUCAAGCUGCGUUGGAUGCAGCCGCAGCUCCAGCUGCUGCUUCUGAAAUUCCUGCCGAGAAGGAGAUGGGACGAGAAAAAGACGUAUCCACAAGGCUCAUUCGUCCUACCAUACCUGAGUUCGACACCUCUAGACUUCUGAUGUUUGUUGAACGAUGGGAUCCAAAUUGGGAGCACGAUGGGUCUAUCAAGAUCUUUGAUGAAGGGAUUGCACAAUACAUGUUGGCUGACAUUGAAUCACACUAUAAAUAUAUGGCAGCCUUGAUCCUUGCAAAACCGAGCUUGCGAUGCCGAUUAGUGGAAGAGGAACCGGAUGAUGUGCUGGAUGCAGAGGGAAAUGUUAUUACUUUGACAAAACCAGCCAAUCUAUCCAAGGACGAGAUCAACAAGAUCGAAUACAUGAAACAAGUUCUGCACAAAAGAGGUUAUCGAUUUGAGUGAAUUUACAUAAUAAUUGCAACCUUUUGAGGUAAGUUCUUCGUGCUAAUAGUUUGAAUAGUAACGCAUAACUUUCUAUCGUCAUAAUGUAUUAUAGUAAAUAAAAUUGAGGUAGUUCAUAGUUGCCUUUGGGUCAGUUUCCGGAAUUGUUUACCCGGUCAAUUAGAUAAUUUGGUCUUGAUGUAUUGUACUGAAUAUGAGGGUUUAUACUUU